AUGUAUACAGAUAUUGCUGCUGUUGAAAUAAAUUAAAUGCAGGACAUUUAUAUUAGGUCUAUCUUCCAAUAAUUGUUAGUUACAUUUAAUCAGAGUCUGCAAAAAGAUAUUGAUACCAAUACAACUACCACCGUCACCAUUUUCAUAGUUUUCUUAGUUGUCUUAGUCCUUGUUUAUUUAUUAUUCUGGUGGCCCAUUGCUAACAAAAUUAAUAAUGAAAUCAGAAGAACAACCUUGCUAUUAUCAAUGAUACCAUUGAAUCUCAUCCAACGCAUAAAAGCCAUCAGAGAAUAUUUAAAUAGGAUUCAUAAAGUGGAUCAAUGA